AUGACGCAAGAUGCACAAGUUCUUCAACAACACAAUACGGAAAUGGUGAAAUUGAUAGAUGACCUGUGCCAGAAACGUGAUCAGCUGCAGAAGGCAAUUAUAGAAGAAGACGAUGAAAAAAAUCGUCUUCAACAUGACAUGAGAAUUAUUUCUGAAAGACUUGCGAAAAUUAACGAAUCGCUCAGCAAGAAGCUAGUUAUCCGAAACUCAUAUGAUAAAGCAAUUGCUGAGUCCCAAGAGGCUUACUCAAAAAUAACUCUCAAGUGCUGCUGA